CUCUGGUCAAUAUUCGAAGGGAAAUGAGCCCCCUAUAAAACAGCCCACAGUGGCAAGUCUAACCUGCAGUGCUGUGGAUCAGCUGUAGAGAGGGAGCCUUACCGCCACCAUGAACUUCUCCGGCAAGUACCAACUGCAGAGCCAGGAAAACUUUGAACCCUUCAUGAAGGCAAUGGGUCUGCCUGACGACCUCAUCCAGAAGGGGAAGGACAUCAAGGGGGUGUCAGAAAUCGUGCAAAACGGGAAGCACUUCAAGCUCACCAUCACCACCGGUUCCAAAGUGAUGCACAACGAGUUCACCCUGGGGGAGGAGUGUGAGCUGGAGACCAUGACAGGGGAGAAGGUCAAGGCAGUGGUUCAGCUGGAAGGUAAUAAGUUGGUGACAACUUUCAAGAACAUCAAGUCCGUGACCGAGCUCAAUGGCGACACAAUCACCAAUACCAUGACAUUGGGUGACAUUGUCUUCAAGAGAAUCAGCAAGAGAAUUUAGACAAGCCAGCAUUUCAUAUUGCUUUUCUGUGUAAAAUUAAUGUAAUAAAGUGGACUUUGUUUUAAAAAAUA